AUGAAAUCAGGUUUUAAAACUGGUUGGCCCUCUGUUGUGCGUCUUCGUCUUAGAGACAAAUCGGUCACCCCUUUCUGCAUAUUCUCUAAAGUGAAAUCAGCUGGCAACAUACCUGGGAAUACACCUGUCUAUCUCAAUGUCUAUGACUUGACAACAGUAAAUGGCUAUAUGUAUUGGGCUGGCCUUGGUAUUUUCCACUCAGGGGUUGAAGUUUAUGGAGUAGAAUAUGCAUUUGGAGCACAUGACUAUCCAACAAGUGGUGUCUUUGAGGUUGAACCUCGGCAGUGUCCUGGCUUUAAGUUUAGGAAGUCCAUAUUUAUGGGAACUACCAGCUUAGAUCCUUUCCAGAUUAGAGAGUUCAUGGAACGUGAGUCUGCAAAUUACAAUGGUGAUACUUAUCACUUGAUUGUCAAGAAUUGCAAUCAUUUCUGUGAGGAUAUUAGUUACAAGCUAACGGGAAACUCCAUACCAAAAUGGGUCAAUCGUCUUGCAAAAAUAGGUUCCUUUUGCAACUGCAUACUCCCUGAUGCUCUUAAAACUUCCACUGUUCAGCAUGAUCCCAACUUUCAAGGGUGUGAUAAUGAGAAAAGAAGGCUAAGAACUGCAUUCAGUUGCUUGUCAUCUAUCUCAAUGCCACAGAAGGAAGUAUCAAUGUCUUCAUUAUUUAUGCACUCUCACUAUAAAGGGUGCCUACCACCAUGGGAGUUAAAGAAGUCUAAAAAGGGCACACUAAAGCAAAAGUUAGAAGACUAG